UGGAAGGAGCCAUACAAAGCCAAGUCACACUUAAAGAAGGAGACCAAACGAUAUGAUAUUGCAAUUAUUAAUUUACACAUUUCGCUUGUGCAUUAGUUUUAAGUAUUUGCUGCUUUUAUGAUAAAGAGUGAGAGAGAAUAGGGGAAAGAGCAAUUUUUUUUGUAUCAUAGAAGAACUGCUUUAGCAGAUUGGCUUUCUGUACUUGGAAAAUGACACGCUCCUUGCAACAGUUGUUCAGAGACUACCUAGAAAAGUGGCACAUUUACAAAAACCGUCUGGUAGCCAAAGACGGACACUGCAACAUUGAAUAUGGCAACGUGGGGUACAGCAGUCGUUUUGCAUAUGUGCAGGACCUCUGGACCACCUUUGUGGAGAUCCGCUGGCGUUACAUUAUUUUAUUAUUUGUGGCCUCCUUCACUCUUAGCUGGUUCAUUUUUGGACUUAUUUGGUACUGGAUUGCUCAUGAUAAUGGUGAUCUUUGGUGGCAAAAUCCACCUUCAGACCACAAGCCAUGCAUAUAUAAUGUGUUUGGCCUCACAUCUGCCUUCCUCUACUCACUCGAAACACAGACGACUAUUGGUUACGGUCUGCGAGUGCUCAGUCCAUACUGCCCUGGUGCUGUCACCAUAAUUAUUAUCCAGUCCAUCAUUGGUUUACUGAUUAACUGCUUCUGGUGUGGACUGGUUAUGGCCAAAAUCGCUUUACCCAAGAAAAGAGCCAAGACCAUUACCUUUAGUAAAAUGGCAGUCAUUUGUCCCAAAAAUGCUGCCCUCUGUUUGCAGAUAAGAGUGGCCAACUUGCGUAAAACCUUAAUGAUUGGAAGCCAGCUAUAUGGCAAGCUGCUUAGGACAACGGUCACUCCAGAAGGUGAGACCAUCAUUCUGGACCAAGUCAAUAUUGAUUUUAUGGUCGAUGCUGGAAAAGACAACCUCUUCUUCAUUUGUCCGUUGACCUUGUAUCAUGUAAUUGACAAGACAAGUCCAUUUUUUAAGUUUGCUUCGGACACAAUGCUUCAACAGGAGUUUGAGCUGGUGGUGUUUCUCGAUGGCACAGAUGAGUCCACCAGCUCCUCCUGCCAAGUCCGGACAUCCUACAUCCCUCAGGAGAUUAAGUGGGGUUACAAGUUCCUCCCUAUCAUCUCCCGCAGUAAAGAAGGGAAAUAUUGUGUGGACUUUUCCAAUUUUGACAGAGUGGAACCAGUUCCAACUCCACACUGUGCUCACUGCUUCUACGAUGACCAAAGCCAUCAUCACAGUCCCAAAAAUGGCAUUGAUAACCAGAGUUUUGAAGUGAUAGAAAUUAUUGAUCAAGUCAGUGCUAAUGAAAUGUAAGAUGAACCUCUUGAUUCACCAAAAAGCUUAUUUGCUCUAUCCAUUGUGCUCUACAGCAAAAAAAAAAAAAAAUGAGCACAACAUUAGCAAAAACAUGUUCAGUAAAAAUAAGCACUGCCUGAAUAUGUGCCUUAGGUUCCAUUUUACAAUUUACUACAGUUUAGUAUUUUAUAUAUUUAAGCUGUACUUGCCACUCUGAGUGCCAUUUUAAGUUGCAAUUCAGGUAACAGGUAACUAGAUAGCUAGCUGGUAUUAGGUAUCUGAAAGCCUAAAUAGCAUUACUCUAACUAGCUACUGUGUAUAUGUUAUAUGUGUUUCUUCUAUAUUUAUCUUGUGUAUCUUGGACAGCUUGAAUAAAAUUCAUAAGAAAUGCUUAAGCUGAUUUUUAAAGUAAUUUUUUCCAGGCUCAAACCUCUUAGUGCUAAAAAUAUACCUUGUUGGGUUAUUGUCUGUGUGAAGUUUCCAAAGUUCUCCCUGUGUUUGUGUGAAUUUCUUUUGGGUUCUCCAGUUUCCUUCCAUCAGAAUGUAUUGUUGUCUGCUUUGUUCUCAGUGUUCCCAGGAUAGGCUGUCAUAUGUUAAUGUUCAUUUAUCUGUCUGCUCUGAUUGCUGUUUUGAUUGUUUAUACUAUUUAUACUAUGCCUCUGUCUACUCUUUUCUGUAUUGAAAAUUAUUUGUAAAUUUAGGGUUGAUUUAAAAUGGUUAAAGAUGCACUUCUAAAAAUGGGGGCUUUGUCAAAUCUAGGUAAUAAUUUUGUUAUUUGUGAAAUUGAAAAGAAAUUUUCAUGUUUUUUCGUUUUAUUUGUUUUGAUCUAUUGAUGGACAUUUAAAAUGUCCAAAUCUGGUAAAUCUAUAAAAUUCAAUCUAUGAUUCAAUAAAUGUACUUACUGUAAAAAAAAAAAUAUAUAUGGUAGCAUUACUAGGAAUACUGCCAUUGAGUAAAUUUAUCUUUAUGUUCAUAUCUGUAAUAUCAAAGUAUCUGUAAAAUGUAACAAUUAAAAACAUAAGAAAUGCCUUUAAUAUUUGUGAUAUUACCUAAAUAUCAUUAUUUUAAUACUAGAAUGCAUAAGCCAAAAAC